AUGGGGAAGAAGGAUUAUAUGAACGAGCAUCAGGUGGCACUAUUCACUUGUACCAUCUGUUUCCAACUCUUUGAUUGUCCCACCACCAUAUCCGACUGCAACCACACAUUCUGCAAGAAGUGCAUCGAGAAGAAGUUCACUGAAGAAAAUGUCAACGCUUGUCCUGUCUGCAAGGUUGAUCUUGGUGUUGCUCCUCUUGCUCGGCUCACGGCCGAUUCACGUUUGGAAGAUAUGAUGUCAAGAUACUUCGUACCAAAGCCAGAAAGCGUGAAGCCAGCACUUCGUUUGCAAUACUUUAGGAAGAGGAAGGCAUCUGCAUCUUCACUUCUUGGUUCUACAUCUAAUGUAGUAUCCUUACCUGAGCCAAACACUGAUGCUCCAAUGGAAGCAGAGAAGCUUGGAGAGCAAGUUAAAGAUCUUGUCCUUCAGGAGCAGAGCUCGUCUUCAGUGUCAAGGAAGCGUCCAAGGAAAAACCCAAAUCCUCAAAGCCUCUCAAUGUUCAAGGCGAAACAGCAAGAUUCCGGAAUGGCUGUAGCAUCGCCAUCUGGAGGAUGCAUGGAAAAUGAAGAGCUUUCGCGUUUGCUUGACCGUGUUUCUAUGUUUUUGACCCUCUUUGCGCAGAUCGAGGAAAUGUAUUCUCUGAGAUCUGGAACCAAGAGGAACAUGAAUCCAUCUGGAGCUGGAACUUCAUCACAAGGAACAAUGAGAGAGCUCAGAGAAAGGACUAAACCAGUUUGGUUUAGACUAGUCGCUAUGGAGAAUCAGAGAACAAGUGAACCACUUGCGCAGAUCGGUACUCCAGACACCUGGUUCAAAGCCGAUGGAAACGCACGUGCCUCACUUGUCAUCAAGAUGAUAGUGCAGAAGCUCAGUCUCCAAAGCGAAAUCGAUGUGGAGUUGUUUCUAAGGGGAGAGCAAGUGAGUUCGACACAGAAGCUGCAGACUUUGGAGGAUUGGUGGGUCGCAACCACUCAGAUUGCCGAGCAGGAAAGUGACAUGGCUGAGAGCUCCGGCGCCACGGCUGGGAGCUCCGGCGCUGACUUGGUCAUGGUGCUUCACUAUAGCCGCUCUCUCCUCUUUCACUGA